UGGAGCGGAGCUCUUGGACGACCAAGACAGCAACCUCAAUAUGCGCCGACAACAAUACGAGCCCCAAGUCGCACACGAUCGCAUGAUCUGAUGGAACAACACUCUCGAUGAUACUUUUCUCCAGCUUUGGCAUUCCUGUUAAAGCUGGCACCCCGCCAUUAUGCUGUCCGCCUUCACAGCUCGUCCCAUUGUCGAGCUCAGGCAGCGGGACAAGUUCAAGAUUGAAUCUAUCCUCGCAUAUGGUGAUCGACUACUAGUUGGACUAAGUACCGGAAGUUUACGAAUAUACCGGGUCAACGAGCUGCCAGAAGAGAGCGCGAAACAGAAUGGCUCUGCGAAACCAGAUGCGAAGUCCGACGAUAAACCCCCAUCACGGCCAACAUCUUCCUCCGCGCCGAAACCAGUUGAUCUCCUGAGAGAGGUAGAGAAGUUCUCGACUCGAGCUAUUGACCAGCUGGCUAUAAUUAAGGAAGCCAAUGUGCUGAUAUCGUUGUCGAACUCGUACAUAUCGAUUCACGACCUCGGAUCGUACACCCUGCAAGAACAGCUCGUCAAGACGAAGAGUGCAUCUACAUUUGCGGUUACUUCGAAUAUUGUGAAGGACUCUGCGACUGGAAUACCAGAGAUCAUAUCGAGGCUAGCAGUCGCGGUCAAGAGGAGGCUCCUGUUGUGGUCAUGGCACGAAUCAGAGUUGGAACAUGAUGUACUGGAAAUCACUUUAUCGGACACCAUCAAGACCUUGACUUGGGCAUCUGCCACGAAGAUCAUAUGCGGCAUGAAUUCUGGAUAUGUCAUUGUGGAUGUGAUCAGCCAACAGAUUGAGGAUAUCGUUGGACCUGGAGCUAUUGGAGGGGCAGCAGGUGCGCAAGCCGGUCGCUUUGGUGGUGUUGGAUCAGCCAGUAUGGGAUAUAUGGGUCUUGGAAGCUACAUCCCAAAACCUUUGGCAACGAAGCUUGCAGAUGGGGAGAUGCUGCUCGCCAAAGAUAUUAAUUCGCUCUUUAUCACUGCGGAAGGAAAGCCACUCGAGAAACGCCAGCUCCCAUGGGCCCAGUCGCCGGAUGCUAUAGGAUAUUCGUAUCCUUAUAUCCUUGCUCUACAAUCACCGUCUCAAGGGACAUUGGAAGUUCGAAAUCCUGACACUCUGUCUCUACUACAGUCCAUAUCUCUCCCAAGUGCAAAACAGCUCCACUUUCCUCCACCAACAGUCAGCCUUGCCCAUGCUGGGAAAGGAUUUCAUGUCGCUAGUGAGAGAUGUAUUUGGCGGAUGGGCUCCACAGACUAUGAUUCUCAGAUUGAUGAACUGGUGGAGAAGGAGCGAUAUGAUGAAGCUAUCAGCGUGCUCAACAUGUUAGAAGAUGCACUUCUGCGAAACAAGGAAGAAAGGUUACGAGAGAUCAAGAUCUUGAAAGCACAGAUGUUGUUCGACCAACGGAAGUAUCAGGAUGCAGUUGAUAUUUUCAUGGCCAAGGAUGUUCAGGCACCACCAGAACGAGUUAUAAAAUUGUUCCCACGAGUCAUCGCAGGAGAUUUGACUAUUUUGGAUGAGAAGGAUCACGGCUCAGAAUCCGAACAUGAAGCAACGGAGGCAUGCGCCAACGGGGACCAUUCUGGAGAAUCGAAAACCGAGGCAACUGGCUCUCCAAAAGUGGCCGCUGUCAACAAGUUGCUCAAGGCUCAGGUCAAGAAUUCUGAUACUUCGUCUAUCCGAUCCUUCAUGCGAUUAGAUGGCGAAGAGCCUAGUGACCUAUCCAGCACCAAGUCAAAAGCAACUGAGGAUUUACCCUUGGAAGGCAAAGAUCUGACAACAGCUGUGCUCGCGCUCUCUGGAUUUCUUGUUCAAGCGCGCAACAGGAUGAAGGCUUUCUUAGAUGCAGAGACAGGGAAGCUGAAGCCCUUGGAGCAGAAUGGUCAGAACGGCAGCUCACAGAAUGCAUUUGAAUUGCUUCUCACAGCGCCAGCAUCCGAUGCCGAGAAAGAUCGCGAACAGAAGCUUCGCGAUACAGCCAAAUUGAUCGACACAACACUUUUCAGGGCAUACAUGCUAGCCCGCCCCCAACUAGCUGGAUCUCUCUUCCGACUGCCCAACUUCUGCGACCCAGACGUUGUGAACGAGAAGCUUCUCGAGAACGGUCGUUUCAACGACCUGGUUGAUUUCUUCCAUGGCAAGAAGUUACAUCGUCCUGCACUUGAACUUCUGAAACGGUUCGGUCAAGGCGAAGAUAGUGAAGAGGGACCAGCCGCUCUGAAGGGUCCUCAACGGACGGUUGGAUACCUCCAAAACCUGCCUCCCGAGAUGAUCGACCUGAUUCUAGAGUAUGCCGACUGGCCACUGCGAGUGGAUCCGACUCUGGGCAUGGAGAUCUUCUUGGCAGAUACCGAGAACGCUGAGACGCUCCCACGAGACAGAGUCGUCAACUUCUUACAAGGCAUUGAUGUCAACCUGGCAGUCAAAUACCUCGAGCAUGUGAUCAACGAACUCAGUGAUUUGACUCCAGAGUUCCAUAAUAGGCUAGUGGAUGCUUAUGUCCAAGAAUUGAGGGGGAGACAGGAUAAGGACUCAGAGGAUUGGAAGGGCUUGAUGGGACGACUGAUAGAGUUCUUGAGGAGCAGUAAACAGUAUUCUCUUUCGAAGGCUUUUGGAUUGAUACCCCGGGACGAUCCCAGUUUUUAUGAGGCGCAAGCUGUGGUUUUGAGUAACAUGGGACAGCAUAAACAGGCAUUAGAGAUAUACGUCUUUAAGAUCCAGGAUUUCGAGAAAGCUGAAGAGUAUUGCAACCACAUACACCUUACAACCGACUCAGCAACUGCCUCUCCCGAUCAAACCCGUCGUGGCUCAACCUCUACGCAAGACGACGAUACAUCAACUCCCUCCAUCUACCACACUCUCCUAUCUCUAUACCUGACUCCACCCCCACCACACAAGCCCAACUGGCCACCAGCUCUCGACCUCCUCUCCAAGCACGGCUCUCGCCUCCCCGCCUCCUCAACCCUCAAUCUAAUCCCUACCACUCUACCUGUCGGAGAACUAGAAUCCUAUUUCCGCGGCCGCAUCCGCGCCGCGAACUCCAUCGUUAACGAGACUCGUGUUGUCUCUGGACUCCGUAAGAGCGAAGUGGUGUCCGCACAAGCGGGACUCUUGCUUGGUGAUGGAGCACCAAAUGGCAAGGGAGGCAGAAAUCGACGAGUCGUGGUCAGUGAUGAGCGCGUUUGUGGCGUGUGCCACAAGAGGAUUGGGAGGAGUGUUAUUGCUGUGCUUCCUGAUAACGAGGUCGUACAUUAUGGAUGUCUCAAUCGAGUUGGAAAUCGACCUGGGUCUGGAGGUGGGAUGGCGGGGUUGAGAGCAGCGGGUUGGGGGAGGUCGUGAGAUGAGCCACGAAGAGUGAUAUGGUGGACUAGUCGAUUCGGAUACAUAGCGCGGCGUUCUUCCUUAUCGUUUUGGAAGGCAGCUCGAUGGCCGUUGGUGGGAGUUUGGAGGUCGUAUAUCCUGUAUAUAUUCGCAUGAUAGUUCGUGAAGCAACAAAUGCAUGCAUGCAGCCAGUAAUCUUGGUCAUCUUAUGCCCUUCUGGCUUUCCAGACCUUGCCUUCAAAUGUCUCCCCAACCAUCAACAAGUGACUUCUGAACGCUCACUUCCAGUUCUAUUCUCUCUCCCAAAUCUGACUCAUGCCGCCUAGCUCAAGUCCCUCCAUCCCAAGCAUUUGGAUGCCAUUCUUCCAACCAAACGUCCCUUGAGCUCGUCAUCCACUCCCUCAAUCCUCCUCAACAACCUCCUCCCCAUAAUUCUCCUCCUCCUUAUUCUCAUCCACACCCUUUAGUUUAGCCUUCCCAUCCCCAUUUUCCCCUACCGCUGUCGCGGCCCUUGCAUUAUCCUCUUCCAUCCGCGCCGUAAGCUCUUUAUUGAUGACUUCUUGCAUUUGCGAUGUUGCUUGGCGGAGCGCUGCUAGGUAUUGGGUCUUUUGAGCGGUUGCUGGGGAGGAGUUGGAGGACUCGCUGAGUUGGAGAGAGGGUAGAGAAGUCGAGUGCGUGAAGGGUUUGUUGGUGGGAGAGGAAUAGGUUGCUGUGAGGGCGGGGGAGGGUGAGUUUGUGGAUGUGGUUGGGGCUGGCGGUGUCAUUGUGUUGUUUGCUGGGAGUCUUGGUUGAUGAUGGCGGAUAAUGGAUAGGAGAAGUGUUUCUUGAGGCGAAAUGAGAUGAAGUGCGAUGGAUGGCGGGGUUGAAGUUGAAGCUCCAAAAUUGUAGUGGGGAGUCCGCUUCGGCCGCUUGAUCCGCAUCCCUCGCUUGACUUCCACUCAUCAAAACAAAAUCACGUCAAGGAGGAUCUGAGAAGUAAUGUGAGAUAAACUCAUAUUACCAAAAUGGAAUGCGCAUAGGUUCAUAUCCUUGUGUGAAUCUAAAGUACAUGAGAAGAAAGUGAACUAUUUUAUACACAUGUCCUUGGAGUGCUCAGGUCAACGCAGGACGAGCUUCUGGACAUGCCUGGCG